CGCGAUGAGAAACUUCCCCGAGUAUUAUGACUUGUGAAUGCGCUCGGAUUAUCGGUACGCGCUACGGUAUUAUAACAUAUCAUGGAGCCAAUACGUCUUUUGAUAAAAGUCCUAAUGCUGUUCAACUGGUACAUGAAGGCAUCCAUCGGAUAUCCAAACGCUCUCGAAAAAUGCAUAUUUCCACUUGGCAUGGAAGAAGGGAGAAUCCCGGAUGAAGCGAUUACGGCGUCAUCCAGUUACGAGAUGAAAUCCGUGGGUCCCCAAAAUGCAAGAAUACGACAGGAAAAGAAUGGUGGUGCUUGGUGUCCGAAAGCUCAAAUUAGUAGCGCCAUACGAGAAUAUUUGGAGAUUGAUUUGACGAGAGAUCAUCUUAUUACAUGGACCGAAACUCAGGGCCGAUUCGGCAACGGCCAGGGUCAAGAAUAUGCAGAGGCAUUUUUUCUGGAAUACUGGCGGCACGAGAAGUGGCAUCAGUACAAAGAUUUGAAAGGGAACAAGGUUUUACGAGGUAACAGCAAUACAUAUCUAGUCGAGAGACAAAAGUUAGAUUUACCGUUCGUCGCGAGUCGGGUAAGAUUCGUUCCAUACAGCCAGCAUCCGCGCACUGUAUGUAUGCGCGUCGAGAUUUAUGGAUGCACCUGGAAUCAAGACAUCAUUAGUUACACCGCGCCCAAAGCUGACAAAGUUUUCGGGCCGAACGGAUGUAAUGUCGAGGAUACGUCGUAUGACGGCACGGAGAUAGACAAUCUGAUGUUGAACGGACUCGGACAAUUAACCGACGGUAUAGUCGGCAGCAUAACGGAGAUCUUCGAAUCUAAUAAAAUAACCAACUGGGUCGGAUGGCACGAUCGGGAUAACGUGGAAUUGUUUUUUGAGUUCCAAGUUCUCCGAAUAUUCAAGAGAUGUAUGAUCCAUACGGCUUAUUUUUCCGAUCUAAAUGUCAAGCUUUUCGAAAUAAUAAAAUUGUGGUUUUCGUCGGACGGCAAGGAAUAUCAUCGAAUGCGAAGAAACACGCCUGAAAUGUUUCAAACAUUUACCGAUCUUAAAGCAAAUGUUAUUUCUAACAGCAGCCGCGAAAAAGGUUCCAGGAAUAUCUUUUGGAUAUCUAUUCCAUUAGAACCAAAAGUUGGCAAGUUCGUCAAGAUGGAAUUGAAACCUGAAGCAAAGUGGUUGUUGUUAAGCGAGAUUAUAUUUGACUCAGUUCCAGUCGUGAAAAAUAGCACUGAUGGAGCGUUGGAACGACUGUCAUGGACACAUUCUAAUACUACCGAGAACAUAUCUCAAUUAACCAAUCAGAAUGACGCCGGGAAGACAAAAAUCGAGGACAAGGAAAAUAAGGACAAAAACGAGAACAAACGCGAACCAGAAAUUCGAAUUGAGAACAAAAUCAAAGUCGGCGACGAGGAAAGAAUUAACGUUGAGCAUGGACGUACAAUGACGGAUAAAACGGAAGUUGAUUCGAACGAGACAGCAUUGGUGUUAAACGAAUCGAACCUAACACCGGAUGCUUUCCCCGUGAACAAUUCGUCAACGUAUAUUGGUCUGAUCAGCGCGGCGCUGACCGUAAUCGUCUUUUUCUCGAGCUGCACGAUCUUUCUGAUGAAGCAGAGGGGUCGCAACAAAGUGGCCCUACUGCAGAAGCACACCGCACUACUGUGCGGCUCGCCAGCACCGGGUAUCACGAUCAAUACGAAAAACAUUAAAUUACCCACGCCAAUCGUGGUGAACAACCUGUCGCAGUCCAGGCUGUCGUUGAAAAGCAAAGCUGCCUCGAGCACCGAUUACAAAUUCAGCGACGCCGACGCGAGCGAACAGCAUAGUGCUUACGAAAAAAUUAAUAACGUACCUUCGGAGCAAUAUGUCAAAUGCGAGGCGAGAUCCAAUUAUAAAACGGGAAAUUUCGAUACUAAAAGCAACGAGAAUUUCACCGAUGAAACGCGAGUGGAGUGCAUAAUUCCGACGAUGCCAAGAAAAUUGAGUCACUCGCAAAUGGGGAAACUCAAUCAGAGAGUGUACGAAAGUUACUAUGCGGCUACAGACAUUUUAACGAUAAAAAGACGCGAUCAGCAUCCCGUCGUGAGUCUUUUCACACCGCUGCUCGUACGAGAUUCGGUUGUGUCGUACAAACGCGGGACUUACGACGUCCCACGUAUUUCUCGGCAUAGAUUAAGAAUUCUCGAUAAGCUCGGCGAGGGAAACUUUGGUUUGAUUCAUCUGUGCGAAGCGAAAGGCAUACAAAAUCCGGAUCUAGGUAUCCUGCAAAACCGUCAAGUAGUAAUAGUUCGGUCUUUAUGGCGCGGUGUUGUUGACGCGCUAAGGGAGGACUUUAUGAACGACAUGCGCAUUUUGUCUGAAAUUCGCGACAUCAACAUUGCCAGGAUAAUCGCGAUCGUCGAAGAAGAACCCUUUAGUGCCAUUUUCGAAUACGGAGAACUCGGGGAUUUGUCUAGUUUCCUAAAAAAUCGCGAUCGAGAUGUGCCGAUAAGUUACGAGUGCUCGUUGAAUGUGAUCACGCAAAUUGCAUCGGGAAUGAAGUAUCUCGAGAGUUUGAACGUACCGCAUUGCGAUCUGGCGGCCAGAAAUUGUAUCGUUUGUAAAGAUCUACUGAUUAAAGUGUCCGACCAGGCGAUGUAUUGCAGUAAAUACGACGGCGAGUAUUACGUCGACGAAUGCUACGCGAAGAUACCGUUGCGUUGGAUGGCAUGGGAAGCAGUUUUAUCGGGAAAACGAAGCUGCCAAUCCGACGUUUGGUCGUACGGCGUAACAGUUUGGGAAGUGUUGACGCGCUGCGAGGACAUGCCGUAUGCCGAUCUGGUCUCGGAACAGGUGUUGGAAAACUGCGGCCUGUGGUAUCACUCAUUGGACACCGGCGGCAAGAAGAAGAGCCCGCGGGUUCUCAAGCAGCCGGUGUUCUGCUCGGACGAUCUGUAUCGGCUGAUGCUGCGGUGUUGGUGCAAACGCGCGGAGGAUCGGCCUAGUUUCCAGGAGAUUCACUGCUACCUCAAGAAACUGACUUUGGAUUAAGUGUUGCGCAAAUGCGAACGCAUUUCUGCGAGAGCGUAUGGAAACACGCCCCAGCAGCGGCGGCGCGGACCAAAUCGAUUACAAUCAGCUAAGAAGCAUCCUGAUUGCUUUCUUGAUCUUGCUUUUGCAUGUGACUCGAACUAAUUACGAUAAUCGAAUCAGAUCGAGGAACCGUCGAUGCCUAAACACACGAACGUAGGAUGCUCUCUGGCCACUAAAAUUACUGCUCAACUAGAUUUAUCUAAUUUUGAUUAUAAAUAAGGUAGGUUAAAAUAACGUAAAACGAUAAAAUUCAUUGCGGUGAAUAAUCGCACGUUUCUCCUUAUAAUACUCUACGCGUACG